AUGUCUCAAUCCUCCGGCUCUUCAUCAAACACUCUUGCUUUCGUUAGAGACUUUGCUUUGGGUGGUGUCUCUGGUGCUGUCGCCAAGACUUUGACUGCUCCAAUUGAAAGAGUCAAGUUGCUCAUCCAAACUCAAGAUGCUAACCCACGUAUCCGUUCAGGAGAAAUCCCAAGAUAUACUGGUAUCGUUAACUGCUUCACUAGAGUUGCUUCUGAACAAGGUAUUGCUGCUUUCUGGAGAGGUAACUUUACCAACGUGAUUAGAUAUUUCCCAACACAAGCUUUCAACUUUGCUUUCAAGGAUUCCAUCAAGAAGCUCUUCCCUAAGUACAGUCCAAAGGAAGAGUUCGGCAAGUUCUUCUUGGUCCAGAUGGCAUCUGGUGGUUUGGCUGGUGCUGGUUCAUUGUGCAUUGUCUAUCCAUUGGACUAUGCUAGAACUCGUCUUGCUUCUGACGUUGGUAAGAACAGAGAUUUUAAGGGUCUUGGUGACUGUUUGGUUAAGACUGCUAGAGGUCCACGAGGUGUCUUAGGUCUUUACAAUGGUUUCGGUGUCUCCGUUGCCGGUAUUAUUCCAUACAGAGGAGUCUACUUUGGUUUGUAUGACUCAUUGAGAGAAAAGAAUCCAUACAAGAAUGACCUCGGUGUUUUGGGUGUCGUCUCCAAGUUCGUUGUCGCUCAAACCACUGCUAUUGCUGCUGGUUAUGCUUCCUAUCCAUUCGACACUGUCAGAAGACGUCUCCAAAUGCAAUCUGAGAAGCCAAAGGAACAAUGGAUUUACAAGGGAACUGCUGACUGUUUCACCAAGAUUCUCAAGGAAGAAGGUAUGAAUGCCAUGUUCAAGGGUGCUGGUGCUAACGCAUUGAGAACUGUCGGUUCUGCCCUCGUCUUGGUCUUGUACGAUCAAAUGCAAGGAUUGCUCGGAGUCAAUUUGGGUGGAUCUGGCGGAGAAUAA